AUGUCUUCCUCCAAUCCCGACCAGCGUUUGGAUCACCUCCUCAGCGCCGUGGAGAGCGAGUUUCAAAAGGGCAGCGAGAAAGGGGACGCCUCGGAGCGGGAUAUUAAACUGACACUGGAGGACGCCGAGUUGUGGACCAAGUUCAAAGAACUGACCAACGAAAUGAUCGUCACCAAAACCGGAAGGAGGAUGUUUCCGGUGCUGAGAACAAGCGUCACCGGGCUGGACCCCAACGCCAUGUACUCGGUGCUGCUGGAUUUCGUGGCGGCGGACAACAACCGGUGGAAGUACGUGAACGGGGAGUGGGUCCCCGGCGGCAAACCGGAGCCGCAGAGCCCCAGCUGCGUGUACAUCCACCCGGACUCGCCCAACUUCGGCGCCCACUGGAUGAAGGCGCCGGUCUCCUUCAGCAAAGUCAAGCUGUCCAACAAGCUGAACGGGGGCGGACAGAUCAUGUUGAACUCUUUGCACAAAUACGAGCCGAGGAUACACAUCGUGAAAGUCGGAGGGAUACAAAAAAUGAUCAGCAGCCAAUCGUUCCCCGAGACACAGUUUAUCGCCGUUACGGCUUACCAGAAUGAAGAGAUCACCGCUCUGAAGAUCAAGCACAAUCCCUUCGCUAAAGCUUUCCUGGAUGCGAAGGAGAGGAGUGACCAUAAGGACGUCCCCGAUCACAGCGUGGACAGCCAGCAGUCUGGGUACUCCCAACUUGGGGGUUGGUUCCUCCCGGGCCAAAGUCCUAUCUGCCCCAGCAGCAGCCCUCCUCAGUUCAGCGGGACAGCAGGCCAUUCCUCCGGGUCCUACUGUGAGCGUUACUCCAGCUUGAGGAGCCACCGGACUGCCCCGUACCCUAGCCACUACCCCCACCGCAGCCCCAGCACAAACAACUACAUGGACAACACCUCAGGGAGCCUGCCUACUCAUGACAGCUGGUCGGCUCUUCAGAUCCCCAAUUCCACAGGCAUGGGCACGCUGUCCCACACCACCAACUCCACAUCCAACUCCAGCCAGUAUCCCAGCCUAUGGUCGGUAGCUGGGACAACUCUCACUCCCUCUGGCUCAGCCUCGGGCUCCAUCGCAGGGGGUCUGACCUCCCAGUUCCUGAGAGGCUCCUCCUACACAGGCCUGACCUCCUCACUGCCUGUCUCAUCGCCUUCCUCCAUGUAUGACCCCAGCCUGACCGAGGUGGGUGUCGGGGAAGCCCAGUUUGAAAGCUCCAUUGCUCGGCUGACAGCAUCCUGGGCUCCCGUGGCUCAGAGCUACUGA